GCGCCUGAUUUGAUGGGUUUUUGCCGUUUUCAGACGGUUUGAAAUGUGACUCGAGGACAGUGAAAAAAAAUAUCUCGUUACGUACUUUAUUUAAUAAAAUUUAGAAAUGUUUGUUCAGUCAGAAAAAUGUCUAAUUAGAGAUUGUAUUUUGGAUUGAAUCCUUAGACAUUACACGAAAAAACUACGAAACGAAAAGCAUUUUUAAUUGUACUAUAAACCAUCAUUUCAUUUACAUAUGUUGAACGAACGUGCCUGCCGCGAAUUUCACUGCAAAUAUUUGCCUUGACUCUUCAAUUUUCUAUAAAUAUCUUGAAAUUAGUGAGAUUUAAAUUUGGAGACUCAAGAUAGACGUGUGCCAUACUGAGCUUAAAAAACAGUAUUUAAGCUCAUUCUGAAGCUAUUUUCGCAGUGAAGUGGAGGUGAGCAGUCAAUACUCGUAAACAAUAUGCUUCUUUGAAAGAUUAAAAUUCACUGCGAAACGGACUCUUCCUCUACACUUUAAUAAAAUGGGGACUAUCUUAUCCAGGUUUCGUAAAAAGAAAACAACAAUAGAAGUUCUUGAGGAUCUUGAUAAGAAAAUCAAGGAUAUUGAAAAGUAUGGACUUUUUACGGAACAAAGGCAUAAGAAGAUCGUUGGCACUUUGAUAGCAUACAGUGUCAUCCUAUAUAUAAUAGCAGCAUUAACAUGCUAUUUCUACUUUUUCCCCACCUCGCCAUACGACCAAUUAAUUUAUGUUACACCAUUGCUCAUCUUUCCAAUAUUAAUCCUAUUUGUAAAGAGAUUGGUGUCAUGGUACUACAAGAGGAAGCUUCGAAGGAACGAAGAAAAACUUUCAACUAUGCAGCAAGAGAAAAAGAAGAUUUUGGAUGAAGUAACUGAGACUGAAACCUACAAAAAGGCCAAAGAAAUUCUACUCAAGUUCGCACCUGAUCAGCUGAGAAUGACUCCUCUUUCGCCUCAGCCGACUUUCGCGGUAACAACGCCAAACAGAGAAACACCUCGCCGACCUAGUACACCACAACCUAGCGUGCUGCCUUUACCUGGUGCAGGCGAAUUGAGACGAAGGGCACUUACUUCUUCAAAUAUCGCACAAAGCGGUAGGCUUUCGAAUGUCGGUCCCCUGCCAACUGGUCUUAUUCCCUCAUCUCCGCUUCCGGCUUCGCCUUUUCAUUCAAGCGUUAGAUCAAUUAAUGCUCCAACUAGUGGUCCUAUAGGAACACCUCUGCCGCGGCCAAUACUUCCACAACAUAGAAGCUACUUAGACAAAUUGGUCGAGUAUUUGGUAGGUGACGGGCCUUCAAAUCGAUACGCUUUGAUCUGUCGUCAGUGCGAGUCUCAUAACGGAAUGGCUUUGAAAGAAGAGUUUGAAUAUUUUGGAUUCAGAUGUUGUUAUUGUAACUUCUGGAAUCCAGCGCGCAAACAAAAGCCGUCGGCUCCUAAAUUAGAGCACGAUUCAAGUAUUUUGAGUCCUUCAGCGACAACAGCGCCUCUCACGAUUUCAAACGUCGUCAAUUCAUCUUUACAACCUGUUAAGCUCAGUGAUACUGAAGGGUCUAGCACUCCUUCUGAAACAGACUCAGAUAUUGAGGUAGUUGAGAAGCCAGUCGAAACUGCAGAAAAUGAGGUGUUAGGAGAGAAAGGAAAAGGGGAUGUUGACGACUCUAAAAAUGUUGGGGAGUCAAAGAGGGAUGAAGAAGCAAAGGGCCAACAUGAAGUUGAAAAAGAUUCUUUAAGUGAACGAAUGGAUGUUGAUCAGUCUCCAGUAAAGUAACUUAUAAAAAUCUAUUAUAUGUUUGAUAGAAAACGCACAAUUAAAUGCGUUUCACUGUACGGUCAAUUCCUUGAAUGUGAUGUAUGCGACAUUAUGUAUAUUACACAGACACACAUGAAUGUGCCUCUGCAUGCAAGAAGUUUACACUCAAAAAGAGACUCUUAGGUCUUAUAUUUAUUGAAAGUUGCGCAAAAGUGUCUUUUCUGGAAAAAAGUUGCUAAAGGACGAGAUCUAACAUUAAGUUGUUAGUGCGAUUAGAAAUAUUUGUCUCGGUUGCAAAGAAUUUAUUAAAGAUUAAAAAUUGUAAAAAAAAUUGUUGAGAAGUAAUCAAAAUUGUAUUUUUAAAGAGAGAAGCGAAACAUCUUUUGAAUGUUUCCACAAUCAUCCUUGCCGAUUAUACGCUUUCGGACCAUUUAAUAAUCCAACCAUUGUAAAAAUUGUACAUAUUUGUAAGAAGCAACCAUUUUAAAUAAAGGAUAAAUAAACCAUACGUGAUUUACGACAAUAGUUAAGCAACACUAGUUUAAAGUAUUCAAUAAGUUUAGUCAUUGUGUGUGUGUGCUUUCAGUUUUUAAAAAAAAUUGUGUCUGUUGUAACUUUUGCUUAUUAGUAAGAAAGACUGCACAAAAUCAAUUGGAAUUGUUAGUAAUUUUGCGAAUUAUGGGGAUAUUAAAUAGAAUAUAUACUGCUUGUGAUACUUUUUCUAGCGCGUAUACAGACUUUAGGAAAGCGCAUUAGAAAAUCAAAAUUCUCAUUCAAUUCAAUACAUCAAAAACUAACAAUUGAUUGUAUCCUUUUUUUUUAUUUCAGAAUGAUGUUUUAA